AUGGCGUCCAAGAAUGUUGACGGUCAAGAAAAAAUGUCAUGGCCUCCAAGACAUGAGACAAUAUUCAUACAUAUAUUGCAUGAACAUGUGAAGAAGGGUGACUUGCAGACAUCAACUUUUAAAAUGAAAGUUUGGGCAGAAAUAAGUGAUGAGUUGUAUGCACAAUGUGGACAAAAAUGUACUAUUCCACAACUUAAAUCUAAGUUUAAUAGGCUGCGAAUAGUACAUCAUGACUUCUCAGAUUUGAUUGAGCAUACGGGAGUUGGGUGGGAUCCUGUUGCAAACACAGUGAUUGCCUCAGAGGAUGUUUGGGCAAGUUACUUGAAGAGUAAGCCAAAAGCGAAGCAAUUUCGCACGCAAGGCUUAGAGCACUAUCAAAUUUUAGGGGAGAUAUUCAACACUACUACUGCAACCGGGCAAUUGCAUUAUGCCUCUAGUCAACUUCCUCCUAACUCCGAUGAUGAACCAGAUGGCUGUAGGGAUGUAGACACAUUAAAUGUGCUGGCAGCCAACAUGACAUUUCUGUGA